CUUCAGUUCCCCAGAAGAGAAGCUGAAGUCAGCAGAGUCUGUCUGCAGGGAGGAGAGAGAGAGCGAUUUUUGCAGAAAAAAAGAUGGUUUCAAUCAAGUCGCCGUCUCUGAUGCCGGUGUCGUGCGCGCAGGCUCUGCUCGGUGUGGGCUGUUUAACUGUCGCCCUCCUCGCCUUCCUGCUGGUUCGCCAGCUCGUCAAGCAGAGAAGACCCCCGGGGUUUCCUCCUGGUCCAUCUCCCAUCCCAGUCAUCGGCAGCAUUCUGUCUCUGGUCAACGAGCCGCACGUCUUCCUCAAGAAGCAGAGUGAAGUUCACGGACAGAUUUUCAGUCUUGACCUGGGGGGCAUCUUGACUGUGGUGUUGAACGGGUAUGACUGUGUCCGAGAAUGCCUUUACCACCAGAGCGAGGUGUUUGCAGAUCGGCCAUCACUGCCUUUAUUCAAGAAAAUGACCAAAAUGGGUGGGCUCCUUAAUUGUAAAUAUGGCAAAGCCUGGACUGAACACCGUAAACUGGCCUGCAGCUCUUUCCGGUACUUCGGCAGUGGUCAGAGACAGUUUGAGAGAAAGAUCUCAGAGGAGUGCAUGUUCUUUCUCGAUGCAAUCGACAAUCACAAGGGAAAACCCUUCAACCCCAAGCACCUCGUGACCAACGCCGUGUCCAACAUCACCAAUCUGAUCAUUUUCGGACAGCGUUUCACCUACGACGACAGCAACUUCCAGCACAUGAUUGAGAUCUUCAGUGAGAACGUGGAGCUGGCAGUGAGCGGCUGGGCCUUCCUCUACAACGCCUUCCCCUGGAUUGAGUAUGUGCCGUUUGGAAAACACCAGAAGCUGUUCCGCAACGCCGCUGAGGUUUAUGACUUCUUACUGGAGGUUAUUAAGGGGUUUUCACAGGGCAGGGUUCCUCAAGCACCACGUCACUAUGUCGAUGCCUACUUGGAUGAGUUGGAGCAGAAUGCAGGAGAUCCCACUUCCUCUUAUUCGUACGAGAAUCUCAUCUAUUCAGUGGGCGAACUCAUUAUUGCUGGGACAGAAACCACAACUAACACCCUGCGCUGGGCCAUGCUGUACAUGGCUCUAUACCCCAAUAUACAAGAGAGGGUGCACAGGGAGAUCGACAGCGUGUUGGUCAAUGGAAGGGCUCCCACUUUGGAGGACAAACAGAAGAUGCCCUUCGUGGAGGCCGUUCUGCACGAGGUCCUUCGCUUCUGCAACAUUGUGCCCCUCGGUAUUUUCCGUGCCACAUCCCAGGACGCAAAGGUCAACGGCUACUCAAUCCCCAAAGGCACCAUGGUGAUCACGAACCUCUACUCGGUACACUUUGACGAGAAGUACUGGAACGAUCCAGGCGUUUUCUCACCACAGAGGUUUUUGGACAGCAGUGGGAACUUUAUGAGGCGUGAGGCCUUCCUUCCAUUCUCUCUGGGGAGGCGUCACUGCCUGGGAGAACAGCUGGCCAGAAUGGAGAUGUUCCUCUUCUUCACCACUAUGUUGCAGAGGUUUCAUCUGCAGUUCCCACCAGGAACCGUUCCAACUGUCACACCCAAACUGGGCAUGACCCUGCAGCCCAAACCAUACUCCAUCUGUGCUGUCCGCAGGCAACAGAAAGCUCCCUGCUAUGGAGACACUCCUUACAACAAGUAGACAAGCAAGCAAUUUUUUCUCGCGCAUUCAGCUGUUCAAGCCAGAAUUAUACUACUUUGCACAGUAAUGCAACCACAUGGUAUAGAUGUACAAAAAACUGUAUCAUUCUGGACUUUUCCAGUGCAUUGCAAUUUUUUUUCUCCAAAGGAUUUUCAGCAAGAGAGGUACCUCUCUGUAUCUGAACAUGUAAUCUAAUUUAUUCAAUUACUAUUGAUUUUCUUUUUAAACUAACUAAAUAUGCAUGUUUGCACAAUGCCUUUAAACAGCAGGAGAGGUAGCAAAUGCUCAAAGGACAUCCUGGGGACACAAGUGUGCUAUUGAUUUAGUUCUCGGAGCCCUGAGCCCACAAAAUGAAAUGUCUAUGAACCUUGGUGCGGCAGGUUGAGCUUGUGUCAAUGAUUGACAUUAUGUACACCUGGAACGGUUCAUAGGCCUGCCUGCCCAGGUCAGUUGCAGCUCAGACAGCUGACAUCAUAAUUCACAUGUGCUGGGUGAAAUGGGACUAACAGACUUUCUAAGAAAGUUCUGAACACUGUAUUGGAGUUGGGCAUGGGCCAAGAUUUGCGUCAUCUGGGCUAACUCUGACCCCUUCUCCGGGGAUGGUGCUCUACGGAAAAAUCUUUCUCUUAGAAAGCAAAUGUAGCCCUGGUGGAUUUCUAAAAACUGACUGUGCAACACUGAUUUCUGCUAAAUGGUGCUUGUCAGUACUGAUGAUGUACUGCAUUUAUGUGUAAGGUUAACUUUUGUGUGAGUUCUAUUUUGUGUGUAAAUAAAGUGUUUCUUAAGGUA